CUUCCUGCUUCCUGCACGAUCGCAACCUCAACGAUAAUCUCGCAAGCAGACAACGGGAUGCUGAAAGCUUUCGCAUUGAUUCGAAUCAAACCACUCAACGCUGCAGUUCAUUCAUUCCUCGCGCCAAGAAAAUGGACACUUUCCUGAAAUUGACUGGAAAUGCUCCACUUCUUUGCAAGCCUUACUAGAGCAUACAUGUUCGAAGCCAGAUGGAUUCAUGUGCCUGCCACCCCAAAAUACCUCAAGGUUGGACCAGAGAGGUUCGACAGCGACGAUCAGGCAAGACAGCAGGAAAACUGGACGUGUACAUCACUAGUCCCCACGGGCAGACGUUUCGAUCGAGAGCUUCUCUGCGAGCGUUCCUCGUAAAAAACGCUCAAGACGUGGACAUCGACCUCUUUGAUUUUAAAGCAACCUCUCUUCAUUGCCUCCCUGUUGGAGAGAAGCAGACAUCAGCUGGACAGCAGGACAUUCCGGAAGAGACAUCACAAAUACUGGCUCUGCCUCCAAAGACAUCAGAAAGAGCUAGCUCCCCGCACAAAAGCCUGUGUGUGGAGCAGACGAACUCUGAAAGCCAAAGGACUCCUGAACAUGCAACUUGGGCGCAUGAAGAUGUCACAUUGCACGAGGGAUUCCAAAAAGACAACAAACCCAAUCGGGAACUAGAGUUAGUAUCGGACGUAACUGCUGGAAAUGGCGCAAAAAAAGUGGCAAAUUCCAAAAAUAAAUCGAAAUAUUCCAAAGGCAACCGGAAAACGAGCCCUUACUUUAGCAGAAAACUUCUCGCAGAUGGUCCCAGUCCACCUCGAAGAAAGGCCUUCAAGAAGUGGACACCUCCUCGUUCUCCUUUCAACCUUGUUCAAGAAAUCCUGUUCCAUAAUGUCUGGAAACUACUGGUGGCUACCAUCUUUCUCAACAAAACAAGGGGUAAGAUGGCCAUUCCGCUCCUUUGGCAAUUCUUCGAGCUGUACCCAUCUGCAGAGGUGGCCCGCCGAGCUGACCGCAAGGUCAUGUCGGAACUCCUGAAGCCGCUCGGCCUCUUUGACCUUCGGGCCAAAAUCAUCAUCAGAUUCUCGGACGAAUACCUGAGCAAAGCGUGGCGUUACCCCAUCGAGCUGCACGGCAUCGGGAAGUACGGCAACGAUUCCUACAGAAUCUUCUGUGUGGAGGAAUGGAGACAGAUGGAUUUUGUUCUCCACACAGUUUUCCUCUUUUGUGCCCUCAGCGGACUGGUGUCUGUCAGUUGGAGUAAAAGUAUUGCUCAAGUUAAAGCUGGCCCUUGCUGCCCGAAAAACUGGACUCAAUUGAACUGUCGCUGUUUCAUCUUCCAAGAUGAAAGGAGAAACUUCGCAGACGCAGAGAGUGUCUGCAACAUACUUGGUGGGAAUUUGGCCUCAGUCCACAGUGAUGUGGAAUAUGCCGUAGUUCUUGGAUUGAUUGCGGAAGGCACUUCUAACCCUUCCCGCGACGUCUGGAUGGGACUCCACGAAGCACUUGGGUCUGGCGAUUUCUUCUGGACCGACGGCACACCAGUUGAUUUCACUGCCUUCAACACUAACUCCAAUUCCGGAGACUGCAUUGAGAUUGAAACUUCUGAUGACCUCUGGGACAACCAAUCUUGCACUUCAUCAAACCGAUUUGUUUGUGCCAAAGAUACUCACGAAUGCUUCCACUGACCCAGCCUACAAGCACCACAUAUGAUCUACAACAAUCCAUUUUGGGAUUCCACUAUUCUUUACUUUUUCAACCCAAAUUGACAUCUUCUCAUUUAUUAAUUGCUGUCAGUCAAGUAUAUUUGGCAAAGUGGGUUAACGAAUCAGUUCCGCAAUAAAGCUUUUUGGUGUGGGAUCA